AACAAUCCGAUCCAAAUCCGACCCAAAGAGAGAAAGAAUUUGUAUUCUCCCACCACCACCGGGCCACCCCACCUUCCCUCCAGCCUCCUGUCUCUUUACUCCUAAGCUACCUAAAAACAAUUAACAUUGCACCUUUACCCCAACUGGUUUUAUUGUUUCUUUUUUCUUUCUCCUCUUCUUCUUGCUUCACAGCUUAGACUUCAUCCGACGCGAUGUCCUUUGAGGACGACGAAGAAUCCUUCGAGCACACCCUUCUGGUGGUCCGCGAGGUCUCCGUAUACAAAAUCCCUCCACGUUCCACCAGCGGCGGCUACAAGUGUGGAGAAUGGUUACAGUCCGACAAGAUCUGGUCCGGUCGACUUAGGGUCGUGUCCUGCAAUACCCGGUGCGAGAUACGACUCGAGGAUCCGAACUCCGGUGAGCUAUUCGCUGCUUGUUUUAUUAAUCCUGGUCAGAGAGAGAACUCCGUGGAGCCUGCUCUCGACUCUUCUAGGUACUUUGUGUUGAAAAUUGAAGACGGAACUGGGAAGCACGCCUUCAUUGGAUUAGGCUUCAAUGAGAGGAACGAGGCUUUUGAUUUCAAUGUGGCGUUGUCUGAUCACGAGAAAUAUGUUAGGAGAGAGCAUGAGAAGGAGACUGGCGGUGCCGCCGGUGAAGGCAGUGACGAUAGUCAUAUCGAUAUUCACCCAGCUGUCAAUCAUAGGUUAAAGGAAGGUGAAACUAUCCGAAUUAAUGUGAAGAACAAACCUUCUAGUGGAACAGGCAUGCUUUCAGCUGCAGGAAUGUCAAGUGGACAUCCUGGAACUGUAAAGGCCAAAACUCUAAGCCUAGCACCACCCCCCAGUGGAGGAGUGAGGAUUAGGUCUCCUCUCCCACCCCCUCCCAAUGAUUCUGCAGCUGCUAGGACGACUUCGGGAAGCCAUAAUACUACUCUCAAGGUGCCUGAGGAAGUUGCCAGACAUUCUGCUGAUCCACUGGCAGAUCUGUCACAACUUGAGAAGAAUCUUCCUACAGCCACUGGAACAGGUUCUAAUAAGGCCACUGCAGCUGGAUGGGCUGCUUUUUGAUCAUGUUAGCAUUUGACUGUUGGUGGCUCGGAUCUUUGUCUCCUGUUGUAUUAAAAGAGAUGAGAAAAAUUGAAAAGAAAAUUCAUAACUGAAGGAAAUUCAAUAUGUGCUCCAUCUUUGGAGGAAUAAUUAUUCUCGGAAUGUGUUGAUAUCGUUCUUUUGACAUACUUGGACUGCUGAUCUCAAAUUUAUAAACGUAUAACACAAGAUAAUUCUCUUUCCUGGGUUUCUGCUCCAAUGUUUGUUUUUCUCCAAGUCGUGAUCAAGUGGUCGAAUUGCUUUUACAGUGUUGCAGUUCUUUCCCAAAGAACAAGCCUUUCGGGGUAGUGGGUAAGGCUUAGUAUAGUUUUGUGUGGUAUCGCCUCUUGGGGCGGGUUAGAUUUGUAUACAUUUUCUAUGUACAAAUUUGUCCAAGCCUGAAUGGCACAUGGUUUAUUAAUGUUUUAAUCCUUUGGGUGUGUUUGGAUUGA